GACAUUUGCCGCCAUUCAUGCAUGCAAGUUGUUAAUUUUAAGGCAAUACUGAAUUAUAGGGUGAUACGUGUUUUUUUUAAAUUAUUUUUAUCCAAUAUCUAUAUUACAACGUAAAAACUUAAGAGAUUGCAUAACAUACAGUUAAUCUCUUGAAAAAUGAUCAAAGUGUACUUUUAUACUUAUUAAAUCAAAUAUAUUAUUGCGUUGAUAAUUAUUAGUGAAAGAGUUUAGUGUUGAAGUGUAUAAACAAAGUAUUCAAUUUGUGAUUUUGUGGAGUGUAAUGCUAAUUUUAAUAAAAUGAGUGAUAUAGCAAAUAACAAUAGUGUUCAAAUACAAGAAAUAUCGAAUAAUGAAAAAACAAUUCCGGACAAUGAUAGUUUAUCUCUAAGUGCUAGUGUUACUUCACUUGACAAUAUUUCGGUAGCUAGUUCGAAAAUAUCUAAACCGUCGGGUAUAAAACCUCCUAGUAAAAUAGGAAGAUUAUGUGGUAAUCAGCAUAAACCUUCACUACCACCUACUCCUACAAAAAACAGUUGCGAUGAUUCUCUUAAAAGGAUAAAUGAUAAUUUCGGAAGACAUCGAUUAACCGAUGUAGUAGAAGACAAUGAGGAUGAUGUUAAUGUUGGCGUGAAUACUUUUAAUGGCGGCAAUCGUAAUAGAUAUUCUUCACUUGGUAGCACUACCUCUUCGUUAGACGCUAUUUGGGAUCAACAUCCGCUUCGUUUAAGUGAAGCAGGACUUAGCCGUCAUUCAGAUUCUAGUGCCGUUUUAACAGAAGACACAGACAGUUUUAUAAUAGGCCAAAAGGUUUGGGUUUCUGGUACUAAACCCGGUCAUAUUGCUUUUAUCGGAGAAACUCAAUUCGCUCCAGGAGAAUGGGCCGGUAUAGCUUUGGAAGAACCUAUCGGUAAAAAUGAUGGAUCUGUUGGAGGAAUUAGAUAUUUUCAAUGCGAACCUAAGAAAGGUGUUUUCUCGAGGCUAACUCGUCUAACGAGAGAACCUCUAGAAGGUAUCAGUCCCGCUCAUACACCUUCACCUGUACAAAAUACUAGAUAUGCCAUUUCGCCAACAGGCAGUACACAAGGUGCUUUAAGAUCCCCCGUCUCGUUGUAUGGAUCUAGUAUUAGUAUAACGUCUGCUGCUUCCCAUGCUAUAGAUUAUAAAAUUGGCGAUCGUGUUAUAAUAAAGAGCAGCCAAGGCUCCAAAGUAGGUACUGUUAGGUAUAUGGGUGCUACUGAAUUUGCACCAGGAGAUUGGGUAGGUGUUGAAUUGGAUGAUCCCAGAGGUAAAAAUGAUGGUUCCGUCAAUGGCAAAAGAUAUUUCGAGUGUCUUCCAAAUUUCGGCCUGUUCGCUCCUGUUAGUAAAGUGAGCAAGUCUCCUUCUAAAAUAAAACCGAACUCUUGUCAAGUUCACGGUGGUACUGGUUUACCGCCGAGAGGCUUAAGACGCGUCAAUUCUAAAGAAUCUUUAUUAUCGAAUGUAUCUACAACUAGCGCAGCUUCAACUGCCAGAAGGGUAAGACUUGGAAUGUCUUCGUUAACUCCAAAGAAGUCUCCAACAAAAUCAACGACGACACCAAUACCAACAAGAACAGCAUUGCAGGAUGUUUUAAAAGAGAAACAACAACAUAUAGAGCAACUACUAAAAGAACGGGAAGAAACUGAAAAUAAACUCACUACAGUCGAACAACAAUUUAAAAAGUAUCGUGAAGAAAUUGCUGGGAAACUUGAAGAAGACAUGAAAUUAUUUAAUACACUAAAAGCUGAAAAUACUCAAUUGACCAUUCAACUCGAUGAAGAAAAACGUAAAUCCGAAGAUAUUCUUUUCAGAUUAGAAGAAACGGUUAUUUCUAAAGACGAUUUAGAGACGAAAGAUAAAGACAGUUUAAUGAAAAUUAACGAACUGGAAAAACAACUAUUAUGCGAAAAACAGAAAAUCGAUAACAUGGAAACAGAUGCCAAUAAAUUAUUCGAAGCCGAAGAAAAUUUGAUAAAAUAUAAAGAGGAAAUAGAUUUUCUAAAGGAGCAACUGCAACAAUCCAGGAGUCAACAAAUCAUUUUGGAAGGAGAUCAUGCUAGUACAGCAGUACUGAUUAAAUCUUUACAAGAUGAAAUUGAUCACUGCAAAGCGGAUUUAAAUGAAAAGAAUGAAUUAGUUAAUGUACUUAACCAAGAAAUUUCAAGAACAACAGCAGAUUUUAAAAAACAGUUGGAAGAAAACCUGAGUAGAUAUAGCGAGCUAGAAAAAAUAUAUAAUGAAAGGGAAAAGGAUGUAAACGCAUUAAAACAAGAAAAAGAAAUUAUCAACAAACAACUAGAAGAAAAAUCGACGAACUUAGCAAACUUGAUUAACGAAAAAUUUACUGCGGAGUCUAAUUUGGAAAGAGAAAUGGAAAGACUGAAAAUGGAACUGAGUGCAAAAAUUUUCGAUUUAGAAAACAUCCAAGACGUUCUAAAAACAAAAGAAUCCAAUUCAUCGGAUAUCGAACAAGAAUUAAUUUCACUUCGUCAACUUUUGAAAGAAAAAGAAACCGAAAAUGAAAAGCUAAAUCAACAGAUUACCAUAAAUAAUGAAAAUUUGGAAAAAUUAACCUCCAAAGAGGAAAACUAUGUCCAACUUCAAACUGAACAUGAACUACUCGUUAAAGAAUUAGAUAAAUUGAAAUUAGAAGCAGAAAUUUUACAAUCGAAAGAUACAGAAAUUGUCAAGCUCAACGAUACUAUAAAAAGUCGAGAAGAAGAUUGUCAAAUGUAUAAAGAAAAAUUAAAUUUGUUAAAAGUAGAAUUAGAAACGUCCAAUUGUAAUUUGGAUAAUCUGAAAAAACAACUAGAAGAAAAUUUAAAAUCAAAAGAAAUAGAAUUGGAAGGUUACAGAGGUAAACUUAAAGAAAAAGAAGAUAAACUAGAUGAAGAAACAGCAGCUUAUAACGAACUAAAUAAAAAUUACGAAAACGUAAAAGUGGAAUUACAAAGUACGAAAGAUAAAAGCAAACAAGCGAUUGAUGAUCUAGAUAUGAAAUUAAAAAAUUUAGAAUCCACCGUAACUGAAAAAAAUAAUCAAAUUGAAGAUUUAUCCAAUAAAAUCGAAGAAAAAGAUACUAUUAUAUUAUCUUCGCAAAAAGAACUACAAAUUAUGAAAAUUGAUUUGGAAUCAGUAUCUAGUAACUUGAAACAAUACCAAACAAAUCUAGGUGAUGUGGAAUCGACUUUGAAAAAAGAAAGAGAUGAAAUUAAAGAAAAUUUAAAAGAAAAAGUUAAGGAACUAGAAGAUGUCAAAAACGAAUUUAUUAAUAAUAUCAAAGAACGCGACUUGAAAAUCGAAAAUCUCUCACUUGAAUUGGAUAAUAAAUUAAAAAGUAUCGAAACUUUAGAAAAAAAUAUAGAAAAUGUUAAAGAAGAAAAUAAAAAAAUUGUAGAAGUAAAGGUUAGUGAAUUUAAAUUAGAAGAAGAAAAAUUACUUUCACAAAUAUUAGAAAAAGAUACACAACUUAAUAUUUAUUUAAAUAAAAGCGACGAACUAUCAGAAACAAUUUACAAAUUAAAUAACGAUAUUGAAAAUUUAAAUAAAAUUAAUAAAGAAAAUACAAACAUAAUCGAACGAUUUCAAAUCUCAGUACAAGAAAAAGAAAAUCUAUGUAAAGAAUUAGAUAAUAAAAUAAAUAUAAUGACAGAAAAAGAAAUUAAAAACGACGAAUUAAUAAAAUCUUUACAAACUGAUAUAAUUAAUAAAAAUAAAGAUAUAGAAACUAUAUUGACAGAUAAACAACAAACUGAUAAUGAUUUAAAGAAAGAAAACGACGAUUUAAAAAAUCAAAUCACACUUCAAAAAGAAGAAAUCGAAAAAUUAAUAACAGAAACUAAUAAUAACGUCACUAAAAUAUCUGAAGAAUUAACCGAAGCUAAUAACAGAAUCGCUAAUAAAACAAAAGAAUUAACCGAAGCUAAUAAUAAAAUCGCUAAUAAAACAGAAGAAUUAACCGAAGCUAAUAACAAAAUCGCUAAAAUAACAGAAGAAUUAAACGAAGCUAAUAACAAAAUCGCUAAAAUAACAGAAGAAUUAAACGAAGCUAAUAACAAAAUCGCUAAAAUAACUGAAGAAUUAAACGAAGCUAAUAACAGAAUCGCUAAUAAAACAGAAGAAUUAACCGAAGCUAAUAAAAUGGUCGCUAAAAAAGCCGAAGAAAAUGACAACUUAAAUAAAAGAAACGAAGAACUAGAAACAAAAAUAGAAGAAAUACGAAUUGAAAGUGAGAAUAAGUUAAAGAGAGUACUAGAAGAACACGACGAAUUCGAAAUUCAAGUAUCGGAUUUAUUAACAAAAAUUGAAAAUAAAGAUAAAGAAAUAUCGGAAUUGAAAGAGAGAAUAAAUAAAUUGGAAGAUGUCGGUAAGGAAGUGUCUUCUUAUAAAGAAACACAACUUCAACUUACGAAUAAGUUAGAAGAUUUGAAUAAAGUUAAAAGUGAAAGUGAAGCCGUAAAAGAAGAAAUUUCGGAAUGUAAUAAACUUAUCGAAAAACUAUCUACAGAAAACGAGAAAUUGAAUCGAGAUUUACAAACUGCUAAGGAAGUUACUGAUCGUAUAAAAGAAAAAGAAAUCGAGCACGAAACUUAUAAAACUCGUAGUGAAGAAACUAUUGUUAAUCUAGAAAAAAUUGUAGAAGAACUUCGAGUUAAGAACGAAGAUUUGAUUAAAUAUAAAAUAGAAUGCGAAUCUCAGACGACGCAGAGUGAAAAAUCUGGAAAAGAAAUUGAAAAUCUGAAGGAUAUUUUGAAUAAAAAAUCGAUUCAAGUGGAAAAAUUGCAGAAGAGUUUGGACGCCAUUAAUGAAGUUGCUGCGACAAAAGAUCUACAGUUACAGAAAUUAAUUACGGAAAUAAAGAUGUUGAAAGAUAAUGUUGUUAAGGUUGUACCGAAUGGUUCAACGGGUGAUGUCCAACAAUUGAUGGAAGACAAAUUAUUCGCCGAAAAUCAAGUUAAUUUCUUAAAUUCAAUCAUAGCUGACAUGCAGAAGAAAAGCGAAGAACAGAAAGCUAGGAUAGAGAUUUUAGAAAUGGGUUACAGUUCGUCUGCUGUAGAUGAACUAACUUCGCUAGGUUUCAAAAUGGAUUCAAAGCAAGUACCUCCUAGAAUGUAUUGCGAUAUAUGUGAAGAAUUUGAUCUUCACGAAACGGAAGAUUGUCCCACUCAAGGUGAAGAUGAACCACCUAUUAAUCAAGCUGACAAAGAAACUAAAAUUAAACCGCCACCACGGGACUAUUGUGAUUUAUGUGAAGGUAUGUCGAAAAUAAAUUUACUUUUAAAGACUUUCAAGUUUUUAUUCACUUUUGUUAACUUAAUUAUUAAGUUAGGAUAACUCAUUCCUCUUGAACUCUGAAAACUGAUCAGUAUUGUUAAUCAUAAUAAAUUCUUUCCAUUAAACUAAAUCAAUUCCAUUAUUUAAUACUAUUAUUUAUUAAAAGAUUCAAAUAUAAAAAAUUCUUUUCAUACAAUUUUAAUAUUACGGAAUUAAAUUUGCAGCAGUAAAAAUUAUCAAAACUAGGACUUAAUAGAUAGUAGCUUAAACAUCCAAUUCGAACGAAUUUUGUUAAAGAAUUUGUUGCCAAAUAAUUAAUUAAAAAGUAUGAACUUCAGUGCACAUAUGCCUAUUGAUAGAUCUGUCAUGGCUCAUUUAAAACUACCAAAAGCUGAUGUCCUUGAAAACGCUAAUCGGGCACUUUGGUUUGAACUUUUCAACACCACUAGGUAAACUUUGAGGCUUGCCCCUGUGUUUGAACCCCACAAGCGUGAAUGCUGGGCACUUAUUGAUAAUUUGGUCUGCACUUUCUCCCUCCUCUAAGUACCAGUGACAUUUUGAUAGUUUGUGAUACCUAUAGAGAUGGUUAAACAAUCAGUCACCAAUGGUAUUUUGCACAUUUCUUAUAGAAACAGUUGAUUGGUAAAAUAGGAGGAAGACUCAUUUUUGUGUCCUUUAGCUUGCUUGCAAAGUGUUUCCAAUUAUCUCCUUCUUGCAAGCAGACUUCUUAAUGAUGUGAUAGCUUCACUUUUGGCUGCACCAAGAAUAGAUUCUGGGCCCACUGGUGGUGUUUGGUAAGCAAUCAUCUUCUUCAUUGCCCUCUUUUUAGAUUUGUUAAGGGAUACAUUUUUGAAUAUGUAAAUUAGAUUAAUAAGAAAACUAUGUAAUUUGCAUUUUCUGGUAAAAUACUUUUAUUUUCUAGAAUUUGGACAUUCGACUGAAAAUUGUACAGAAGAUCAAGAAUUUUAAUGUAAAUUGAACCAAUAGGAAAAUCAAUUAUUAAAAAUUUGUAGAUAUGGAAUUAUAUUGUUGAUGCGAAAUAUAAUUAUUCUGUUAAA